AUGAUUGAAGAAUUAUUCGAUUCUAACAAAAUGGCAAAUGCUGUAGGAGGAAUUUAUAUAUUCAUUGGAAUUACUGGUUCAUUAUGCAAUAUGAUAACAUUGCUAAUAAUAGCAAGUUAUCGGAUAUAUCGCUUAUCAGCUUAUACCAUUAUGGCUAAUCUUGCAUUAGCCGAUGCUAUAAUGCUCAUUAUUGCUGGUUUUGUUUGUGGCUUCAAUAUUAUUCAUCAAGUGCCUUUUCUCAACUACAAUAAUGAUGCUAAUAAUUCUGUGGAACUUCUAAAAAGCAAUAAAUCAAUUCUAAGCCUAAAAUUUAGCAAAAUUUUUAAUCAUAACGAUACAUAUUCAAUGAUUACUUCUCCUCAAAUUUUAAAUAUGAAUGAAAUUAAAAAUGAAUUAUACAAUGGAAGUCAAUUUAAUAUAAUUCUGGAAGAUUUACAUUUUUCCGUAUUUUUGCUAUCAUUUUUUGAAAUAGCCGCUUGGAUGUCCGGAAUAAUAAGUUACGCAUUAUUGGGUAUCAAUCGUUGUGUUGCUAUUUGCUUCUAUCGUACACGCAUUAAAGUAAUCAAUCGUGUGUCAUCUGCACUUCUUGGCUCAAUAAUAGCAUGGAUUAUCGGCAUUAUUGCAGCAUAUAUCGGGACAAUGCCUGUACCACUGAUAGGUAUACGAAUUGAUAUGUGGACAGUAAGUUUUUUGAGCACAGCUCGAAGAAAACCAACAGCAUUUAUGAUAUUUGCAACAUCCUUCAACAUUGUCAGCAUAUUAGCACAAUGGUUAUGUUCUUUAAUGGUGCUUAUAAAAAUACAUAAAGUUCGACACAAAAUUAAUUGCAAUAAGUUAAAUACUGGCAGUGCAAAAAGAUUUAAAAAACAGGCUCGUUUAACAUUUCAAUUUUUUUUCCCAUCUGUCAUUUGUACUAUUUCAUCGAUUAUAUUCUUUAUUAAACCAUUUAUGGCUGAUAUAUUGACUAAUUGGCAGUUUAUUUUUCUACAUUUAGUUUGGCUGUGUAAUCAUAUGUGCAAUCCAUUUAUCUAUGCAUAUUUUAAUGAACGUAUGCGUUUAACCUAUGGUCAAUGGUUAACAUGCAGACCUUUACGAAAGUGUAUCCAUAAAUUUGAGAAACAGUAUUCGCAAAAACACAGGGAACCUCUACGAAUAUCGAACAUGGUAUGUUGUCGACGACUAAAUGCAGCUCCAUCGAUAGCAAGAAAUUCAUAUUGGCGUGGUCGAAUAAAUCAAAGUGAUAGUACUUUCAUACAAUCAAGCUUGCUAAUGCUAAGUCGUAAUUUUGAACAAUUUUGUGAAAUGAUGAUGAGUGUCAAUAAUGCAAAUGAAAGUAGUGAAGGGUGGACAGAAAGUAACAGUGAUACGGAAGCAGAACCAGUCACCGCAGCGAUCUAUGCAGUACAAUCACAAACAUCAUCACGACGUAAGAACAAUAUUUAUACUAGAAAAGGUCUCGAAUUAAAUCCGGUUGUUUUCGAUUUGGGACGUCAAGCAGUAGAAUAUUGGGCUAAUUUUGUUAAGAAAAUAAGCCUUUGA